AUGCCUUCCCGACCGUUGCCACAAGCCAUCUAUACACCCCUACCAACUUUCUUCGACAAGAAUGAGAACAUCGAUCUUGAAGCGCUGCGCAAGCACGUCGUCUUCACUGCCUCCGAGGGCACGAUACCAGUUCUGGCCGGCUCAAUGGGCGAGGCCGUACAUCUGAGCCGUGAUGAACGUCGGAUCAUAACACAAACGGCACGUUCAGCUUUGGAUGAAGCUGGACUCCACAAGGUCGUCCUCGUCGCUGGAGUCGGUGCGCCAAGCACAAGAGAGACGAUCAUACUUGCAAAUGAUGCCGCAGAAGCCGGAGCGAACUUUGUCAUGGUGAUACCGUCAGGAUACUAUGCAGGGGGUCUGCAAGCCGACGGAAUGGCAGCGCUGAAGGCGUUCUACGUGGAUAUUGCGGCGGCGUCGACGGUGCCCGUGAUACUGUAUAACUUCCCUGCGGUGUCAGCGGGCAUCGAUAUGAGCAGUGACUUCAUCUUGGACGUGCUCCGGGCGACACCGAACGUUGUUGGGGCGAAGCUGACAUGUGCGAGUGUUGGCAAGAUCACAAGAAUAACAGCCGUUGCUCAUGGGCCGGACUUUAUGGCGAAGUAUCCUAGAGUGGAUCCGCAUCAGAAGUUCGAGGUGAUAGAUGGAUUCAUUGACAUCUUGCUACCAUCGGUCGCUGUCGGAGCUGGUGGCGCCAUCUCGGGUCUACCCAACUUUGCACCGCGCGUGUGUGUGCGGCUGUGGGAGCUGUGCAAUUCAAGGAGAAAGGAAGAUCAAGCGGAAGCGAGGAGGCUGCAAGGCCUCAUCGCGCUUGCAGAUGGUGUUGCGGCAGGUGUCGGCGUCGCUGGCAUGAAGCAGAUACUGCAUCGUCGGUUUGGUUACGGUCAGAAGCCAAGAAGGCCACUGCUUCCGAUGAGCGAACAGAAAGCAGACGAACUCCUGAACAACCAUUAUAUCGAAAGUCUGGUAGCAGAGGAACGCCGUCUUGGUGGCAAUGUUGGCGCUUGA